AAAAAAUUCUAGUGAAAGUGUAAUUUUUCAAUAUAAAAUCGUGUUGACUGUAUUUUUAUUGUCUACAAAGAAGCUACCACAAAAUUCUACAACCAACACCCACCCUAAAGUGGUUGGUUUUCAAUACAAAAAGCUCAAAACCAAUAUCAAUCUUCACCAUGAACAACAAUAAUCAUCAAAAGAAUUUGGAUAAUCGUUCCUAAAGCCAUUCAAACGUUUCUAUAACAUCCAUCUAUUAUUUAAAAAAAAAAAAACACACUCAAACAAAAUGCACUAUAUUUAUUCGAAAUUCUCAACAAAAAAUCCUGUAUCCUGCGAAAUGGAAAAGAAAUUAAAACGCAAUUUUAAAUAUCGAGAUAAACUUAAACUUUGGCUACCAAUAGUCUUAGUUAGUCUUAUAGUUUUAUCUUCUAAUUUAAUAAUGGUUGAAGGACAAACAAGAGAUCCAAGGUUCUAUUCAAGACCCGGUAUUGAUCCACCAUACCCAUAUCCAUAUCCAAAUCCAGGAGAUCCUGAUUACAGAACUUAUUUAUUCAACGAUCGUCGUUAUGGACACUAUCCACCUAAUGGUUAUGGCAGUAACUAUCCUGGACGAAAUCCACCUGGGCAAUAUCCCCAAGGAAUGCCAAAUGAACCAGGAUUUCGUUUUGAUCCAAACAAUCCAAACUCACAACAAACACCAUUUCCGGGAGUUCUCGGUGGUUGGCGAGAAGAUCUUCAAGGCAAACAACGACGAGACUCAAUAACUCUCGAGCGAGAUGUCUUUGUGACUACAAAUUAUGGACAAGUCCAGGGUUUUAAAGUCCACAUGUACGAUAAUCCCGAUCCGAAAUCAUUCUACCGACCCUAUCAAAGUCCAGUGGAUCGAAUAAUGGGUGAAUGUUCGGUAUUCUUGGGUAUACCCUAUGCAAUUCCACCCACCUUUGAAGGUCGUUUUAAACCUCCUCGAACGCAUCGUGGCUGGCAAUUGUUGCAAGCUGUUGAUUUUGGUCCAGCAUGUCCGCAACCAGUACGUUACACUGGAGCCACAAAGGGCAUUAAUGACAUGGACGAAGAUUGUCUGUACUUGAAUAUCUUUUCACCACGAACAGGAGCAGGAGUGGCUCAGAAGUAUCCAGUUAUGGUGCACAUUCAUGGAGGAGAAUUCAUAAGAGGAGCAUCGAACUUGUUUCAGGGGCAUACGUUGGCGAGUUUCUAUGAUGUUGUUGUGGUGACGCUGAACUAUCGACUUGGAGCCCUGGGAUUUCUUUCGACAGGUGAUGAAAACUCUCCCGGAAACUAUGGAAUUCUUGAUCAAGCUAUGGCUCUCAAAUGGAUCUAUGACAAUAUUGAAUUCUUCAACGGUGAUCGUGAGGCGAUAACACUCUUUGGUCCUGGAGCUGGUGCAGCCUCAGCUGGUAUGCUUAUGGUAGCACCGCAUACAAGACACAUUGUUAAAAAGGUUAUAGCCCAAUCUGGUUCGGCAUUAGCUGAUUGGGCAUUUAUUCAGGACAAAUAUCGUGCUCAGAACACAAGUCGAGUUCUUGGUCAGCUUCUAGGUUGCUCCAUUGAAUCUUCAUGGAAAUUGGUGAAUUGCCUCAGAACCGGUCGUAGUUUCUACGAGCUGGGAAAUGCUGAAUUUCCACCUCAAGUUGGUACAUUCCCUUGGGCCCCAGUGUUGGACUAUAACUUUACCCUGCCCAGUGAUGAUUGGUAUGAAGGUUGGCGCAUGAAAGAUUGGAGAUUCCUGUCUGAAACUCCAGAGAGUCUGAUAAGACAAUCGAAAUUCUACAAGGGCUUACAAUAUAUGACUGGAGUUACAACCCAAGAAGCUGCUUUCUUCCUCUACCAGAAUGAAAGUUUAUCACCAUAUUACCAAAUCGAUGAGAAGUUCUUUGAUCAAAAAAUUCGAGAACACGUUUUUCACUACAAUUACACUCUUAAUCCUAAUGGAGUCUAUGAAGCCAUCAAGUACAUGUACACCUAUUGGCCAGAUCCAUAUAAUACAACAAUCAUACGUGAUCAGUAUGUCCAUAUGAUGUCCGAUUUGCUGUAUCGAGCUCCAGUCGAUAAAAUGGCAAAACUACUUCUGGAAAAGAAAGUUCCAGUUUAUUUGUACGUCUUAAAUACCACAGUGGAGGCUUUGAAGUUCCAAGAAUGGCGAAAAUAUCCUCACGAAAUCGAACAUUACUUUUUGACAGGAGCUCCAUUUAUGGAUACAGAAUUCUUUCCCAAGAAGGAUCAUCUUCAGAGAAAUAUGUGGACCGAUAAUGAUCGAAAUAUGAGUCAUUUGUUUAUGAAGACAUUUUCCAAUUUCGCCAGAUUUGGAAAUCCAACUCCCGAACAGGUUCUGGGAAUUCAUUAUGAACGUGCCUAUCAGGGUGAACUACGAUACCUGAACAUCAACACUACAUAUAAUUCAUCGAUUCUUCUGAACUAUCGUCAAACUGAAUGUGCUUUUUGGACACAAUAUUUGCCAACAGUUAUUGGAGUUCUUGUGCCUACAUAUCCACCAACUACAGAAUUUUGGUGGGAACCAAAGGAACCUCUGCAGAUUGCUUUCUGGAGCAUGUCAGUGGCAUGUUUGUUUCUUAUAGUUUUGGUAGUAAUUUGUUGCAUUAUGUGGAGAAAUGCAAAAAGACAAACCGAUCGCUUCUAUGAUGAAGACGUUUUCAUAAACGAUGGACAUGAACUCGACCGUGACGGCCGCUCAGUUGUUAGCAGUCCGAGUGGAAUUGACAACGCACAUAUGGUUACAAAUCAUCACGUUGUCCGAUCACGUGAUAAUAUCUACGAAUUCCGUGACUCACCCUCAACAAAGACCCUCGCUACAAAAUCACAAACAGACACGACUUCUGUUCGAGCACCCAGCUCACUUGCCAAAACUGGAAGUCAGACGUCAUUGAAAAGUGGGAUAUCUUUAAAAGAAUCCAUCGGUCCAUAUUCGGUGAAAGAUGGAAACUAUCCUAGCCUUAAAAAACCUUUAAAAAUGGAAAGUGAACCGCGAAGUGGUCGAAAUAUUGCCUCUGUAGUUGCGAACGGCAAGAAACCGCCAGUUGAAGAAAAGCGACUUCUUCAGAGAGAACCGAUCUCAAGCACUCCAAUGACAGAAAAACCAACAAACCCAAUAAACAGCCGAAGUACAACUCCGGUGCCUGUUGCGAGAUCCACUACACCUGCCGUUGUUGCCAUGAAGCCGGCUGCAAGUCGGACACAGCUAAUCGAGGGAAUUCCUCAAACGUCAGUAUAAGUUUAAAAAAAUUAUAUAAAUUUUGUAUAAAGUUCGAAAAUUCAAAUAAAAUAGAAAUUAGAUUUAAGUAUCGACAAAAAUCAAAAACAAUAAAAAGUGCUAAGAGAAAGCUUUGUUUUUACUCAACAUUCAUUAAGCUAUAAUUUUUAUUUUGUUUAUUUAAUUUUAAGGCAAUUGAAAACUUAAAACUUAUUAUUCAUAGAAUAUAAAUUAUUUCUUUUAAACAAAGUUUUAUUUAUUUUUUUUUUAACAAAAUAAAAUGCCAAGCAUGUUAAUUUUAGAAAAAUCUUUCCAAGAGUUAUUUUUAAUGCAACUCUUCAAAUGUCAGAUCAAUCCGUCCAAUUCGUAAGAUAUUAAGUUGUUUUGUAAAUCAGAAGUUUUAAGAUGAGAAUCUCAGCAGUGUAAAUAUUAGUAACUUCUUAAACUAAAUUUAAGUUUUUAUUUUAGUAUUCUUAAUUUUUAAUUUAAGUAAGUGCCUUGUAUCUGUUUAUUGUAUGUUUCUGUACAAAAAAUGUAAAUUAUGUUUUUGUAUUGUACACAACUGUCCAAUUUUUAAUGUUUUAUUUUGUAAGUUCAUAUGAUUUAAAAUUUAAAUUUAAGUUAGUAAGUGUUUUUUUCUAAAUGUUUAACAAAAUAAAUUUAACUUCUUUUCAUA